AUGACAGAUGAUGAAUUUCUAAUGUCGCUUGAGAAAUAUUACAAUGAGUUAAACCAGCUUUCAUCUGAUCUUGAUAUCCCCUUCAAUUUGACAAUUUUCAGAGGUCUUAUCCUCAAUAAAAUAUCAGAACAUUCUUUAGGUCUGAAGAAAGAACUGCAGGAUAUAAAGACAAAAUGUGACAAACUCUCCUAUCAUCUUUGUGAACUUUGCAGGUCUUUAGGAGGAACACAGCAUUUUCAAAACGAAUUACCCUCAGAAAAAUACUACCAGCAUUUACUUUCGUUGCAUGGGGAGAUUCAAAAGGAAUAUGACUCUAGGCUUCAGCUAGUAACGGAAAUAAAAAACAAAGUAUCGUAUCAUUUGUCUUCUCUUGGUGAAAAUUCUGAAGGAUUGUUUUUGGAUAAUUCCUCUUUUGUAGAUGUUUCAGACUCACAGAUUGAACACUUGAGGCGUCUGCAAGAAAAAGUGGGAAAGAAAUACCAGUCAAGAAAAGAGAUGUUGUUAAGCAAGAAAAGCGAGAUUCUACCUUUGGAAAAGCAUAUAUCGACGAAAAUCAAGAUAGACACCAACAAUUUAUCGACAGAUUAUUUGAAAAGAAUCAACGAGUACAAGGGGAGAUUGGACUACUUGGCUCAAAAGAGAGAAAAUACUUCAAGUCGAUUAAGUGUUCGCUCCGAUUCGAGGAUUAGUGUAAAAUCUCCGAGUUCUAAUACAAACUCGCCUAGACUAGCUAGCGGAAAGAAAACAAAAGAGCCUUCAAGUCCUUCUUUGACUGUGAAGUACCGUACAGAAUAUGAAUCUUUAUUGAAGCGCUAUCUGCAUCUUGCGAAAUCGCUGUUUAUUCCAAAAAAAGAUUUAUUAUUUAAUGAAACUGAAGAAAACCAAAAGAAGGAUGACAUUCUGGAAAUUUUGAAUAAACUCAAGCAGGAAAUUCACAAUUUGGAAGUAGAAACCCAUCUUCGAGGCGAAAUUAAUCCAAUGAUUCGAAAGUAUCUAGCAUUGGAGGCUAGAUUAUUGAAAGAAUCGCAGACUGUUAAAGGUUCAUCAACCCCAACUUCAAAACCUUUUACUUUAAAAAGGCUGAAAAAGGAUUUUCAGCUUACGCGUGCAAAUUUGAUCUAUUCAUUAAGGAAUUGGGAAGAAGAAAAUGAAAGAAAAAUAACAGUUUUCGGGAAACCAUUGUCGGAUAGAUUACAGUUUUAUUCAUUCCCUUUGCAACGUUCUUCUAGUAAAAGACAGAAUGUUCCAAAUUGUGACCAAGAUUCGUCCUCUCCUCAAACCAAUGGGUCUCAUCAGGAAAUGACAACGGAUGCUGUUUAUCAAAAUGAUAUUAGAAGCUCAUUACAUAUUAACAAUAAUGCGUCCAGUCCAAAAAUUGGUUCCGUUCAAAGGUUUACAUAUCCUUCUUCCCUAGAAAAAGUUCAGCGAAACAAUACGCCAUUAAAAUCACCCAAGAAAGCUGAUUCGUCUGAACAAAUUGACGAGAACGACUUGGAUGCCGGAAGUCUCCAAAGCCAGGUUGAAGCUCAAUAUAACCACUUCAUGUCAGCCAACAAUAUAAGUGAGCCAGCCUCUAUGACAUCGCCCUCUGGAUCACUCCGAGAAAUGAUUCAACCAUAUAUCCCUCCAAAAGGAAGUCUCACCGGCUCCAGUACUCCAGAGAAUCACCUUUUAAUGCCAUCCACCAAGAACACCGACAUCAACUCCUACCUUGGAAAGAUGAGUAGUCAUGAAGAAGAUCGUCUCUGCAAACGGCUAGAUUCAUUUUCAUUCUCAAAAGACAUAAUUUCAAAAAAACUGAGAAACAACAUUCAUGGAUUGCACUUUUCCACCCCGACUAAAGAUGAUACAAAGGACCUUACAAGUAGAGAAGACUGA